AGUUGAGGUGGUCGCUGCUCCUCUCCGCGCCUCGCUAUGCCGCCCAAGGAUGACAAGAAGAAAAAAGAUGCCGGAAAGUCGGCCAAGAAAGACAAGGACCCCGUGAACAAGUCUGGAGGCAAGGCCAAAAAGAAGAAGUGGUCUAAAGGCAAAGUUCGGGACAAGCUCAAUAAUCUGGUCUUGUUUGACAAAGCUACGUGCGACAAGCUCUAUAAGGAAGUGCCCAACUACAAGCUCAUAACUCCGGCCAUGGUCUCUGAGAGACUGAAGAUCCGCGGGUCCCUGGCCAGGGCAGCCCUGCAGGAGCUCCUGAGUAAAGGACUUAUCAAACUGGUUUCAAAGGCCGAGGGACCUUCAGUCUACAGCCUAAUUGCAGGCUCUGUUAAAUUCAUGCAGCUCACAAAAAUCUAG